AUGGAUCUGUGGGUAACUCUGCCUUGUCCUUCCAACCUUCACGGGAAUGGUCUAUUGAACGUUUCUGUCGCCCAACCCUUACAAGAGCAAUUUGCUCGCUACGUAAUGGGGAUGGCUCUGGACAAUCGACAGGCUAUCAGGCAACGCUGGCAAGUUGGUGCAUGGUUGGAACGUGCUCGGCAAUGCUACCCGCCAGCACUGGGGUAUCAUGGUCCGCCGGAUCACUUUGCGUACCUAUAUGUUCUUUGUCCUCCAGAGGAUGGGUGGCCUUGGCCGGAAUUUUCUACUUGGCUUUCUGAUUUGCCUUUCGACGCUCUACCUGAUAGGUAUCAGCGAUUUGAACCAAAAGAGAUCCCUGUGAAAGCUCGAGCAGUCUUUGUUUCAGCCAUUCUUGUGGAAAAAGAGGACCCUGAUAGCGAUUUGGAUGCUUACGCAAAUGUGUUUGCCACGACUGCAACUACAGUUACAGCUACACCUAACAUUGGUACAGUCCCAGCUCCAGCUCCGAAUGUUGCUACUCCAUGUCCACCAAAAGAAGCUCCACUUCCACCGGUGCGGCAAUUGGCCUCCCCACCUUCCGUUCCACAAGAUGUCCUUGAUGCCAUGCAAAAAGUGAGGGCUUUCCAAGAACAAAUUGUUCAUGGUACAUCUGCGGGCACACCUGCUAAUCCAGUUGACUUGGUCGCUGGUGAUGUGGAGGAGUAUGACAUUCGCCCAAAUGACUUGGCAACUAGGUUUGUUUCUUCGGCGAAUGAUUCUUCUACUGCAGCAGUCAUGCGAGCUGGCAAUAUUGCUGAUCGUUGUCGCUCUAGUUUGGCACAAGGAAGAUUUGGGGCUGGUCCACGUACGGGUUCGCUGGGCCUUGCUCCGAUGCGGAACGACAUGUUCAACCCGCAGACACUGGCGGCAGUGCUUGUAGUGCCACAGUCUUGUUUUGUUUCAGCUGAUAAAGCGUCUCUUCCAAGUGUGCAGGCAUGUCGGACUUGCAGCUAA